AUGAAAGAUCCUGGGAGCUUUCAAAUUCCUUGCAUCAAAGGGGAUAUCAACAUUAAGAAUGCACUAUAUGAUUUGGGAGCCAGCAUCAACCUCAUGUCUUUGGCCAUGAUGAAAAAAAUGAGAAUUGAAGAGGCCAAACCAACAAAAAUGGCCUUGCAAUUAGCUGAUAGAACAUUCAAAUUUCCUCAUGGGGUGGUGGAAGACUUGUUGGUAAAUGUAGGGGAGUUUAUCUUUCCAGCUGAUUUUGUUGUGCUUGAUAUGGAAGAGGAGGCUAACACAUCAAUUAUCUUAGGAAGACCAUUUUUAGCCACUGCUGGAGCUAUAAUUAAUGUGCAAAAGGGAGAGUUGGUCUUAAGAUUACAUGAAGAAAAGAUGGUGUUCAAUAUUUUCAAAGCAAUGAACUACCCCAAGGAGUCUAUUGGAGAGUGCAUGAUGGUAGAUAUAAUAGAGACACUAGUCCAAGGAAUUUUGGAGGAAGACAAAUUUGAAGAAGCAACAGAGGAAACCAACAAGCCUUAG